AUGGACACCCCCGGGCAGGCCCCGAUGGCGGCGCCGCUGCUGCUCUGGGUGGUUCUGCUGCGCUGGGCCAGCGGCGGCGGCUUCACCCGGGCGGGCAGGACCUGGCAGCACUGCACAGACCUGCGCCCGCUGGACGUGCUGUCGGAGGCGGUGCCGGCCGGGGCGCUGGCCCGGGGCAUGCGGGUCCUGCAGGUGCAGGGGCUGCGGGGAUUGCAGCUCUCGGCGUCGCGGCCCCGCGCCCUGGCCUUCCCCGCCUCGCGGCUCUUCAUCCACUGCGACCGCUUCCCUGAGGAGUUCUCCAUCAUCGUCACCCUACGGGCGCUGCGCCGCCCCGCCAAGAGGAACGAGUACAUCUUCACGCUGAUGGUGGAGGAGAGCCCCGGCGUGCUGGUGGGGAUGCGCUACGCCCCCGACAAGCUGCACUUCAUGUUCUGGAGCCAGGAGCGCGCCGGGGGAUGGCAGAGCCGCGUCACCUUCCCCAACGUGUCCCUCUCCGACAGCCGCUGGCACACGCUCGUCCUGGCGGUGUCCGGACAAUCCUUCUCCUUGACGGUGGAUUGCAGCGUGCCCAAGGAUGUGGUGGUGGAGACCCCAUUUCCAGCCUCGCUGUCGGUGAGGAGAGCCAGCUUCUACCUGGGCAACAGGAGGAGGAGGAAAGGCGUGUUCACGGGCUUGCUGAGACAGCUUGUGCUGCUGCCAGGAGCUGAUGCCACCCCCCGGAUGUGCCACGGCUUGAACUUCAAAGUGGCAACGCUCUCUGUGCCCAGUGUCCUCCAGGAUGUCCCUGCAAAGGCAGUGAGCAACGAGGUGCUCAAAUACCCCUACGAGACUGACAUGAAGGUGACCCUGGGGGCCCGGCCCCGCUGCUCCAAGCAGGAGAAGGCUCAGUUCUGGUUCAACGCCUCCCGGAGAGGGCUCUACCUGUGCAACGGCAGCACCUGGCUCUCCAUGCUGGAAGUCCAACCCAGGCUGGACUACGUGGAGGAGCACCAGAAGCUGGUGACCAACUCGGAGACCAUGGGUGUUGAGGUGUUCUCCAUCCCCAGGCUGGGGCUGUUUGCAGCCACGGCCAACAGGCUCACACCCCCAGGAUCAGCCAUCUACAGGUGGACUGACGGCAAGUUUGUGCACUACCAGAACAUCCCCACACACCAGGCACAGUCCUGGAAGUAUUUCACCAUUGGGAAGAAGAUCUUCCUGGCAGUGGCGAAUUUUGAGCAGAACGAGAGGGGCCAGGAGUUCUCAGUGAUUUUCAAGUGGAGCCGCAGGAAGGCGAAGUUCCUGGCGUACCAGAGGAUCAGCACGCACAGCGCCCGCGACUGGGAGGCCUUUGUCAUCCAGGGAGAGGCUUUCCUGGCUGUGGUCAACCACAGGGAAGGGAACAACCACAACAUAGACAGUGUGAUAUACAGGUGGAACCCCAGGACAGGGCUGUUUGAAACCAACCAGACCAUUCCUACCUCUGGAGCCUACGACUGGGAGUUCUUCACCAUUGGGCCAUAUUCCUUCCUGGCUGUGGCCAACACAUUCAAUGGCACCUCCACCAGGAUCUACUCCCACAUCUACAUCUGGCUCAGGGGCUCCUUCCAGCUCUUCCAGUCCAUCCUGACGUUUGGUGCAGCUGACUGGGAGGUUUUCCACAUUGGGGACAGAGUGUUCCUGGCUGUGGCCAACAGCCACAGCUAUGACAGUGGGAUGCCAGCACCCUCCAACUUCUAUGCCAUCAACUCCUCCAUCUAUGAGCUGAACGUCACGGCCCAGAUGUUUGUUAAAUUCCAGGACCUUCUCACCUACAGUGCCCUGGACUGGGAGUUCUUCUCAGUGGGAGACGACUCUUUCCUGGUGGUGGCCAACUCCUUCGAUGGCUUCACCUUCUCAGUCAACAGCAUCAUCUACAGGUGGCAGGGCUACGAAGGCUUUGUGGCAGCGCACCAGCUGCCCACGGUGGGCUGCAGGGACUGGGAGGCGUUCCACACCGCCGAGGGCUCCUUCCUGCUCUACUCCAGCGCCAGGGAGCCGCUCUCCAAGGUGCUCAGGCUGAAAACCACCUGA